AUGUCUUCCAACCAUGACGACCAUGAUCCGCUCUUUUACCACCACUUCGACGCUCCUCCGGUCGUCCCGGAGCCCAACUCUGCCGAAGCUAGAACGGAAAGCAAUGAACAUCACCCGCAGAGCACCGACGAUAAUUCCGUACACACUGCUCAGACCACCAGCUCCAACCCUGAAGAUGACGUAGACAACAUCACUGCCGUCACUGCUCCAUCUCACGAGCAGGCGACUUGCGAAGAUCCUCCAGCCAACUCUACAACCGAAACGCCAAGUGUCAGCGGGACCGGAUCCAUUCUGCAUACACCAUCCACAGAACUUCCGCCAUAUCAAGAAAGAAGUGACACUUAUCCGUUUACAGCUCUCGAGUCUAAUGUCGAAGCCCAUACACAUCGCUUUGGCGAAAGCAGCAGAUCUGCUGUUCCCUUGCGACCUGUACAGUGUAAAGUCACGACUAGGAGUGGACCAGAGACACGCGAUCCUGCUAGAGGUCCUGUGCGGACUGCACCAUAUCCAAAACAACCAGGUUCUGCAGUAACUACUACCGUUAGCCCACUUCAGGACGCCAGCGACUCUGUACGCGUAGCAUCAACCCCUGCUCCCACAACUCAUUCCGCGGAGGGAAUCACGUUCAAUCCUCCCGUCAGUCAAAAUGACUGGCCAAAUCUGCCUGGAAAUCAGGAAACUGGACCUCCUGAGAACUCCAUUCGGGGUCGUGUUGCAGAGUUCCGUGAACUGUGCAGACAGAAGUCCGCUUCAUGGUUCUACUACCUGCCGAAGCAUAUCUGGAAGAAGUUCUGUUGGCAGAUGAAGAAUGAUUCUGAUUACCGUCUGAAGCGUACUCCUUAUUUGUGCAAAGUUGCUCGAUACGAGACCACAUCACCGUCGCUUCAAUAA